AUGAGAAUUAUUUACUUUUUGUUGAGUGAAUACGAAGACCUCGAGCCAAAAAGAACUGUAAUUCAGGCUCAUCGUCUGUGUCUGGUAAAAGCUCGUCUGGCGAAAAUUGAUGCAGCUGAAUUGCUUGGAGGAAAUACUCUUAAUCCUAAAGAAGACUAUCAGAAAUUAAAUAUUUAUGAGGAAUUAUUAGUAACUUUUGCACUAUUGGCAGGAACAGAAUACUCAAAAACUGCUGUCCAGCUGCCUUCUGCACGAAUCAAAUAUACUUCAUAUUCUCUUUCCAACCAAGAAUACAAGCAGUAG